AUGUCGAAGGUCUCAAACUACGUCAAGGCACUCAACGGCAGCGCGAAAGUCGCUGUGGCCGACGACGAGCUCAAGGAACAAUUUUCCAAGAUUGAUAAAAAUGGAGAUGGAGCUAUUGAUCUUUCAGAACUACAACAGGCUCUAUAUUUAUGUGGUUUUAAGUUACCUGCAUGGAGAGUUCGAAAAAUAAUUGAAGAUUAUGAUGGUAAAAGAACUGAAACAAAAGGAAAGCUUGUAAUUUCAGAAUUUAAAAAGCUAUGUUCAGACCUAAAAGCAGGAGAAAUUGCUAGCUCAUUUAAACAAGUUGUUUCUAAAAAAGAAAACUUAGAAACUUUAGGUGGUAUGUCUGAUGCAUCAAGUGACGGAACAACACAUUCUGUACGUUUAGAAGAACAGCUUGCAUUUUCUGAUUGGAUCAAUAGAAACUUGAGUAAUGAUCCUGACCUAAAUCAUUUACUUCCAAUAGAAUGUAAAGGGAAACAUUUGUAUGAAAAGGUCAUAGACGGAAUAUUGCUCUGCAAAGUUAUUAAUCAUUCUUGUCCUGGUACAAUUGACGAAAGGGCAAUUAAUAAAAAAACAAAUAAAAGCAAUCUUACUGUUUACAAAAAAUUAGAAAAUUUAACACUAGCACUAGUUUCCAGUCAAUCUAUUGGUUGUAAUGUUGUGAAUAUUGAUGCUCAUGAUCUUUCUAAAGGAAAACCACAUUUAGUCCUUGGUUUACUCUGGCAAAUUAUUAGGAUAGGAUUGUUUAAUCAAAUUACUCUUGAAAACUGUCCUGGGUUAGCUACAUUGUUACAAGAUGGAGAAAAAAUUGAAGAGUUUAUAAAACUGUCACCAGAAGCUAUACUUCUUGGAUGGGUUAAUUACCAUUUGAAUCGUGCUGGAGUUUCAAGACAAUGCUAUAAUUUCCAAAAUGAUAUAACUGAUUCAGAAAUAUACACAUACCUUAUGAAGCAAAUUGCACCACUUGAUUCUGAUGUUGAUAUGUUUGCUUUAAUGGAACCGGAUCUGAACAAAAGAGCAGAUAUAAUGUUGCAGCAAGCAGCUAAGUUAGGUUGUCGAAGUUUUGUUACACCCAUUGAUGUCGUGAAUGGUGUAUACAAAUUAAAUCUUGCAUUUGUUGCUAAUUUGUUUAACAAUCAUCCAGGAUUAGACAAGCCCAAAAUAGAAAUUGCAGGAUUAGAAUCAAUCGAAGAAACAAGAGAAGAAAAAACGUACAGAAAUUGGAUGAAUUCUUUGGGUGUUGCACCUCAUGUUAAUUGGCUUUAUUCAGAUUUGGCAGAUGGUCUCAUAAUUUUUCAAUUGUAUGAUAUUAUUAAACCAGGAAUUGUUAAUUGGUCCAAAGUAAACAGACAAUUUUCUAAACUGCGACAAUUUAUGGAAAAAUUGGAAAAUUGCAACUAUGCUAUUGAGUUGGGUCGUCAAUUAAAGUUUUCGUUAGUUGGUAUUGCUGGACAAGAUUUAAAUGAUGGAAAUGCAACACUUACAUUAGCUUUAAUUUGGCAACUAAUGAGUGCAUAUACUUUAUCAGUCUUAACUCAACUUGCUACAACUGGAAGGCCGAUGAACGAAAAAGAAAUUGUUACCUGGGUUAACAACAAGUUACGAAAUGCCAAUAAAUCUUCAACUUUAAGAGGAUUCCAAGAUCAUGCAUUAGCCGAUGGGCGAAUUGUCAUUGAUUUAAUUGAUGCAAUAAAACCAGGCACCAUUAACUAUGAUUUAGUUAAAGAGGGUGGUGAUGCUGAGGAUAAUUUAGCUAAUGCUAAGUAUGCAAUAUCAAUGUCCAGAAAGACGGGUGCUAGAGUGUAUACUUUACCAGAAGAUAUUACUGAAGUAAAACCAAAAAUGGUAAUGACACUCUUUGCGUGUCUUAUGGCUAUAGAUUAUGUUCCUUACAUGGUCAUAACUGGAAAAUCAGACUUGUAA